AUGGCAGUUUUUCAAAUCAUUUUCGUUCUACUUAUUAAUAUCGCUGUGAAUUGUUUCGGGCAACAAUGGAUAAAUACAAAUGAUCUUUUAAAUAGACGUGUUGAUCAUACCGCAACUGCUCUAAAAAAUGGAGAAGUUCUAGUUACUGGUGGCAGUGAAUACAUUACUCUAAAUGAAGCUGAAAUUUAUGAUCCAUCUUCCGGAACAUGGAGAUUUGUUGAAUUUAUGAUCAAUCCGAGAUCGUAUCAUACGGCAACUUUAUUAUCAAAUGGAAAUGUUUUAGUGAGCGGUGGUGCCAAUCCUGGUCCUUUAAGUACUAGUGAAGUGUAUGAUAUUCAGACACAAAAAUGGACGGAUAGUAGUGUGAUGAAUUAUCCACGAAUUUUCCAUACAGCUACACUGUUACGAAAUGGAAAAGUACUAGUUGUUGGUGGUAAAACAGCGAUCGGUGUUGACAGUAAUACUUCUGAAUUAUAUGAUCCGGAAAGUGGAAAUUGGACAGUAACCGGUUCGAUGGCACAGGCACGAAGCGAGCAUACGGCAUCGCUGUUGUUGAACGGAAAAGUACUAGUUGCCGGUGGAUUCACUUCGGAUGUUCUUGAUAGCGCAGAAUUGUAUGAUCCUGAAACGGGUACAUGGAGAGCUGCUCGAAGUAUGGAUUAUCCACGAAUGCAACAUGCUGCAGCAGUAUUGUCGAAUGGAAAAGUGUUAGUCACUGGUGGACAGGGAAGUGGAUAUGUCAAGAGAGGUGAAGUAUAUGAUCCGGAAACAGAUGCUUGGACAACGACGAAUCCAAUGAAUGUUGUUCGAAAACAUCAUACUGCAUCAACAUUAAAUAAUGGAAACGUGUUGAUUGCUGGUGGAUAUUACAAUACGGAAGCUUUAACAAGCGCUGAAAUAUACGACAUUUCAACAAAUACUUGGGUAACUGUGAAUAGCAUGAAUCACGGUCGAUAUCGACAUCAAGCAUCGACCUUAUCAAACGGAUCGAUACUGAUUACCGCAGGAUUUAAUGGUGGACCAUUAAAUAGCGCAGAGCUCUACUCAUUCUCGUGA